GAGCGGGUGGUGCGCGGACAUGCCUGUUUAUGUUUUAGAGCAGUUAUUAAAAUGUAACUCUUCAUUUGUCGUCUGAACUGGUAAGCGACCUAUCUAUCCGUCCGCAACAUGUCCUGUUAGACUCUGACUCUACUGGACUAUAUUGAGAGGAUGCUGCUGAGUUAAGUUUUUUUUCUUUUUAAAUCGAUGACAACACCUUCAUGCUUGGACCAUGACUGAGACAAACAAAGACAAACCCAGACGGAGUCUCUCGUUGUCCAAAUCGAGGAAGAAAAACGUUGCGGCCGCUGCCAGCCGAACCGUCAACACACCUCCAAUCGCGUCGUUCUUCUCCACCCCGCAGCCAUCCCGAGUGACGUGUCCGCUUUGUGGUCAACUGGUGCCGAAAUUCAGGAUCAAUGAGCACAUUGAUUUGCAAUGUAAGAACUUCCAGAGAGGAGACAACUUUGCAGCCUCAGCAAGUCAGAGUGAUGUGCACAGCAUCCAGAUGACACCCGGCAUUCACUCCACAAACUCCCCAGAGCUGGCUCCAAAGAGUGAUGAGGUCAGAGAAAGCAAGACUAGUCCUUAUUUUAAAAAGAGUCAUGCCAAGAGUGAAAAGGCUGACAAGAAGACUGUAGUCAGGAAACUUGACCUUGGUAGUCUUUCUUCUAAAUUGUCGAGAAACUGUGAAAAAACUACUGAGAGGACCAAAGAUAAACAAAGUCAUCACGAUAAAGUUGAUGAGUCUCUUUUUAGCUCCCAGAAAGAAAAUCUUUCAAUUCAAGAUUCGAAGGAUGGAGCAGACUCUGCAACAAUUAUUGACUUGACUGAUGAGCGACCAACGUGUGAUGAAAAGUCAACUAAAACUCAAGCAAGUGUCAAUGACGGUGCACAACCGAAGAAGCUCUCUUUAACAAAAAGAAAAAAAGAAUCCAAUAGCGGAGUGCUACUUGAGUCUCCAAAGAAAGCCAAGUAUGAUACCAAAGGAAGCACCAAGCAAGAAGUUGACAGCUCCAGUGAAGAUAAGUUGGAAACUAAGGGCAUUUCCAUGAUUCGUGCUGAUGGUGCCAAGUGUAGUGAUACAGAGAGUCCGGAGGAAAAAACCCUCCCGAGGACGUCAUCUGAUAAAGACAAUGAUUUACCACCAGGACCUAGUCUUCAGAAUACAACUGGCGACCAAGUUGACAACCAAUCUCUUCCACGACUACCCUACUAUCUACGUAACUUCCAGACAGUACUACAAGCAGUUUUGCAGAAUGAAGAUGACCGCCUGUUGUUUAAUGAGGAAGAUCUAUCUUACAUUCAGUCGUUUGAGAAACUUUCAGUAAAGGGACAGAAGCUGUACGUACGACUCUUCCAGAGGAAGCUGAAAUGGCUCCAGGUUAAUAAACUGGAUUAUGCGGAGAUAAGCAGUGAUUUGGGACCGGUUGCUGAGGAGCUAGGUCAAGGUGGCCUUGUUCAGAGAGAGCGUGACCUUCAAGACAUUGGAGAGGCACUGGAUCUCCUGCCUGCCCCAGAGCUAAAAACCUUGGCGAAAACAUUUCACCUGGGCAGUACUGGAACACAAAAGCAGCAUCUUGUUGAUGGUCUUCUUCGCCUGAGCAAGCAGAAGUCACUUUUCUCCUUUAAAUCAGGUCAAAACAACAUUGGUGAUGUCAUUCUCAAACGGGCCAAACAGCUGGCAGGGACUUGCAUACGCCUGUGUCGACCUCCGCGAGCGGUCUUCUCUCGCAUCCUGCUCCUAUUCUCUCUGACGGACACGAUGGAUGAAGAGGAGAUGGCGGCUGGAGGUCAAAACCAGCUUUACACCAUCCUUCUGGUUAAUUCCGGCCGGCUGGCUUUUCCAGACUAUACCAUUCAGCGUGUUGCGAAACUGUUUCGAGACAGAGAUGAUCUAAUUAGGUACGAAGCUGCCAUGCGAUCGUUGCUGGAGCUGGUCCUGGCUAUGCAAGGUGGUCACUGGGAAGAAGCACUGGAACUUUACACCAAUGCCAAAAAUGACUGGACAGAUCUGCAGAAAAACCAUGACUUCAGUUACCAGGAAGAGCUGCCUGUAUUCCUGCGCAGCUUCACCACAGGAUGGGCCUUCACUCGUAUUUUAUCCCGCGGUGUGGAGAUCCUGCAGCGGCUGCGCCGUUAUGAGGACGCUGUGGAAGAGCUGCGGUCACUAUUGCAGCAGUCUGUUUAUUGUCCUGACAGCAGAGGGCGAUGGUGGGACAGGCUGGCUUUGAACUUGCAACAGCACCUGAAAAAAACAGAGCAAGCCAUCGAUGUCAUGAGAGACGGGCUGUUGGACCCUCUGGUGCGGACCGGACACAAGCUGUCUCUACACCAGAGAGCCAUGAGGAUGAGUGAGUCUGCAAGUUUCAAGAAAUACCAUAGGGAACUGAAGAAACUGCCCAGUUUCACAGUCCAGGAUGUGAGGCAUGUAACCAUUCGUGGGCAGUUACUUUUGCAUGAAGGAAGUAUGGGGAAAUCUCGAUUUGUCUUGCCUGCUGAUGGGGAAGAUGAGGAAGGCUCAACUGUUAUCUGUUCAGUGGAAGAGCUGUCUUUGGCGCAUUACCGGCAACAGGGUUUUGAUCAAGGCAUCCAUGGAGAGGGCUCAACCUUCUCCACAUUAUUUGCUCUUUUGUUGUGGGAUAUCAUUUUUAUGGAAGGUAUUCCAGAUGUUUUUAGAAAUCCAUACCAGACAUGCCCACUGGACUUCUACACAGACUGUUUCUAUGAGAACCGACGCGAAGCCAUUGAUUCCCGGGUAGAGUUACUGAGGGAAGCAUCUGUGGAAACGCUACACAGUAUGUUGGAGGAUGUGUGGACAUCCCAGGAGGGAAAAGUAUGUUCAUGUGUUACCUGGGAGCGUUUCUCCUCUCUUAACCAAGCUCAGUCCCUUGUGUCUUGCUUUGGUGGAGCCUUCUUAGGAGGAGUAAUUGCACGGAUGGCAAAAGACUUCAGACACUGCCGAGCUGGUUUGCCUGACCUAGUGGUUUGGAGCACUUUAAGAAACACCUACAAACUUGUAGAAGUCAAGGGUCCAAAUGAUCGACUUUCUCAGAAGCAGCAAAUCUGGUUAGAUGAGCUGCAGAAGCUUGGGGCCGACGUGGAAGUCUGUCAUGUUGUUGCAACCGGUGCACGAGGAGCUCGUCUGGAAUAAACAGCUACAGAAAAAAUACAAUAGCAAACAUAUUUCAAAGGACAAACUUUUGUUCAGUUGUGAGCUUUUAAACCAAGAAAUAAUGACUGACUUAUUAGAGGUGGAGUUAAUGUUAAUAAAAUAAAACCCUUAUAGAUGCUGUUCUGCUAUUCUAUAAAUGAAGAACUGAAUGCCUUAUUCAUCAUUUGGGACUCUGUGGAAAAGCGUCUGCCUUGUGAUAUGCAUUAUUUAUCAGGGAAACCACAAAAAUGCUGCAGCGAUGAAGUACAUUACGAGCUUGCACAUCAUUAGAGCGGCUACUUUAUCACAGAGAAUGAAUCCAUAAAUCUCAUAAUCUCUAGUUGUUACUGUAUGACAGCAGUUUUAAUCUUGUGAUCUUUGUCUGACAGAAUUAAUGACUUUCUUUUCUGGAGUCUCAUGUUUAGCUCUAUGAGUUUGCAGUACUAGUACUGCAGCUAAAUGUAUGUAUGUGAGUGUUGAAUUCAAUAAAUGUAAAUAAAAUGCGUAACCCUGCCA